AUCCUACAGAGAUGCAUUACGUUGGUGAUAGAUAUCUCUUCAUGCAUUCCAGUUUACGCAAACGGCUUUUAUUAAGUCUUUUUUUCUGUAUUGGACUGUUUUCCAUAUUAUUCUUCAAGACAGUACAAGUUCUAGAAAGCCGCGAAGAAAUUAAUAGAAUUCAAUUUCUAUACGAAUCUUGUCAAGAAAAACUAAAAACUGUUAAGGAUGAUCGUAAAUUGCCACCACCGAGCAAUCAAUUGGAACAAUUUUUAAAAUUACAGAAGCCAUUGCCCGCUAAUGUAUUACAACAACUGAAUAAAAUGAAUGGUUCUAUAGCCGCUACAGGGUUUAAAAAUCUGGAGCCUCUGCCGUCAACUAACUUUAUCCUGCCGCAUCUCCAGGCGAAUAUCGAUGGACUUAAGCCGGCAUACUACGUGAAUAGGAAAAUGCCUGGGACUUUGGUGGACAUUGUGAUUGGACUUACCACUGCAAAACGGGAGAAAGGAUAUUAUCUGAAUAACACAUUGCAGGAUCUAGUGAAUGGAGUCGUGGAUGAUAUAACAACAAUACUUAUAAUCGUAAUGAUUGCUGAAACCGACUUGAAAUUCGUACUAGAUACAGCUUGGGCCAUUGAAAAACAAUUUCCCAGCGAAGUUCAAUGUGGAAUGAUUCAAAUCAUAGCACCUUCUUCGUCUUAUUAUCCCGAUAUGAAAUCCAUUCCACCAACUCUAGGAGACUCGAAACAGCGUACUCGGUGGAGAGCGAAGCAAGUUCUGGACCGAGUAUUCAUCAUGGCCUACGGUUUGAACAAGGGCAGUUUCUAUUUGAUGAUGGAAGAUGAUGUUGUGGCUAGGAAGACGUACGUCAAGGGCGUCAAGUCGUAUAUCUCGUUUUGUACGAAAAACCACCCGGACUGGCUUGUCAUAGAAUUCUCCCACUAUUUCGGGAGUCUCGGAAAACUAUUCAGAUCCACAGAUGUCGGGCAUUUCAUUAUUUAUCUGCAACUGUUCUACUAUAAUAUGCCUCUUGACUUCCUCCUUGAAAACUACCUGGAAGACAAGGCCUGCGGCAGAUUGAAGAAUACGGAAAGUUGUUUCAUCAGUGUGAAUAAAAUCAGACUUAAGUAUCCAGUUUCCUUGUUUUUGCACGUCGGGCUAUAUUCUUCUCUCCCUGGAAAAAUUAUGAAAGUAGAGGAAGCUUCAGCAUUCGCAGGCAGCGCAUUCUUCCCCCAUAAAAAUCCACCCCUAAAACGAGUUUAUUGUGACAUACUAGAGGUCCCAUUCCAUACAGCGAAGAUGGCCUACAACGGAGAAUACUUAUUUUUAGGUGUAAAUCCGAAACCUGGCGACACCAUUGAGUAUUGGUUUGCAAAACCUACUGUUUUAAAAAGCUUCGUAUUUCAAAGUGGUAACUAUCAGAAUACAAAGGACUUGCUGAAAAAAGCAGAUGUGGAAGUAUUGCCGCUUGGUGGACUGAUGUACAAUUUUACUAAAGUUGGCAGUUUUGACGAAUUCGGCUACGUAAAAGGGGAUUUGGCAAGAUUUGGUCCACUUGAAGCAAUAAGGCUGAAAGUCAUUGAUUAUGGACCCACAGAUACAGGGAGAGUUGUGAUUAGUGAGAUCAUGCUCGUGCCUUUGGAUGACAAAGAUUUCGUCUGAAAGUAUAAAAUUUUAGAAAUAAAUAGAGUAAUAAAAAUACUAAUAAAACGG